AUGCUGCUGCUGACGGGGCCAAACGCGAGUGGCAAGACAGUCUACCUUCGCAUGGUUGGAAUCACCUGCUUCCUGGCGCACAUUGGGUCGUUUGUGCCCGCCGAAUCGGCGACGGUCGGCCUCACGGAUGCGAUCUUCACGAGGAUGGUGUCGCGCGAGUCGACGCUCGCAAACGCCUCCGCCUUCAUGGCUGACCUGACGCAGAUGAGCAACAUGAUGCGCCACUCCACCCGCCGUUCACUCUGCCUCGUCGACGAGUUUGGAAAGGGGACCAAUGCGCAGGACGGCAUCUCCUUCCUGUACGCGUGCCUGCGCCACUUCCUCGACCGCGGCCGCGAGUGCCCCCGCCUGCUCGCGUGCACGCACUACACGGAGCUGCUCGAGCUGCCCGAGCUGGUCGACCGACCGGGCCUCAGCCUCUGGACGAUGCAGGCGAGUGUCAUGCUCGAGAAGAAGACCGAGGCGGACGACACGCUCGACGACGUCAUCUUCCUCUACCGCGCCAUCCCCGGCCGGUCCGAGGGCUCCUUCGCGUACCACUGCGCGGCGGCGGCCAACGUGCCCCGCGCCGUCAUCGACCGCGCGGUGCAGGUCUCGCGCCUCCGCGACGCGGGCGAGCCCGUCCACGCGAUGGACCGCUCCGAGGCGGACGCCGCCUCCGAGCGGCGCCCCAGCUGCCUCUUGGGCGAGGCACCGUGGUGA